AUGGUCAAGUCAUACCACCCAAAGAGGAACACUUCCGCGCUAUGGACGUUGCCAACCAUCGGCCUGCUGUGGUGCUGUGCGAUUGUGGCGCCGGCGACCCGCGCGGCAGCUUCCUCGGCCGCGAGUGCAAGCGAGCCCAAAGUGACGCCCAACUUCUCCAGUCCGCCACUGCACUAUUCGCCCUUGUCGUUCCGGGGACUCACGCCCGACUACAAGAUCAAGACCUUUGACAUGUCCGGUCACACGUGCGUUAAUCUGCCUGCUCUUCCAGUCGCCCUCGCGCGAGCCCUCGCGGACCUCCCCCACUUGCACUUGGGCUCGUAGGCUCGCUUUCCUUCCAUGGCCGACUGGACUGACGCGAGUGUCGUUUUGAUUCGACAGUACACCUUUACCAGCAGUUCAUGAUUUCCUACGACUGAUACCCGUAAGUUGUACCGCGCACCGUCCAGUGCUUCCCCUCGAUCACCUCCGUGCCUCCAAUCGAGCCUGCUGACGUGGUCUCGCUUCCCUUCCUUUCUUCGAACCCUCGCUUCUAUCCUCCCUCGCACCUCCUCCUCCUCCAUCGCUAGUCCUUCCCUUUGGCCCAUGGUGCCAUCUAUACCACAAAACCCCUCGAGUCGGCGGAAUGGGUCGUCGAAGUCGCGUUCCGCGUACACGGUGUACCCGCGAUCGGACUGGUCGAGACCUUGGCCGACGGCACAACGAAGCGGAUGAACAAGGUGAGCGCGCAUUCGAAAUGCACAAACGUAUUCUCAACAUCCACUAACCGAAGAAUGGUCUGUCACAGGGUGGUCGAGGCUUGGCGUUCUGGUUCACAAAGGUACAUCCUGUUCCCUUUACUCGAAGGAGGUGGGCAGCUCGAUUCACCGAGCUGACCAAAAUCCUUUCGCUCUCUUCUCCUGCAUACUCCUACCGUGAACCGAACCACACAGGAAGGACUACCAGGACCGGUAACUAUUUCGGCGAACGCAAAGACGAAGACGCACGAACCGCCGCACACGCUCCCGAUCCCGAGCGAAGGCAGCACCGACGAAUCGUGUUCGCUCUUCGGUUCGCGCACGACCUUUGAAGGUCUCGGUGUCAUCUUCGACACCUCCCCCGCCGCUCCCUUGUACCGUCGCACGCAGAUCAAGAACUUGGCUUCUUCAAUGAGCUAUGGCGUGGGGACGACGGGCGUCGUUAGUGGUAUUAUGGACGAUGGACACGGGAGGUGGUUGGAUCCGGAUUCGAGGGACAUCAAGCAGGACGAGGAGGCGGGCUAUCUGGAAAAGGCAUUUGGGGAAUGUGAAGCCAGCUUUAGGUAA